CUUCCGUUCUGCUGUUCUCGCUUUGCAUUUUGCUGUGCCCGAGCAGCCUGAGUUUCGGUCCGCCUGGACAAUUUCGGAAGUGCCGUUAUCGUCGUUGUUUCACUGCUUCGGAAAUAAGCGCGUAGUGUCAGCAUGCCGAGUGCCGGUGAUGAUGGAAGUGCCAACAUGACUGGCCCUUCGUGAAACCCGGCCAACGCAGCCUCCGGCUCGCCCAAAGCUUCAGGAUGAAAUGUUAGUUCUCCCAGUGGAGAUUGGAGGCAUGGCAGCCAGCUGCUGCUGGUGGUGGGUCGUCUGCUGGCCAGUGCUGCAAAGUAACUGACCACGGAGCCAGGGCCUUGGCGGCGGUCAUGCGCAGGCACCGCCAGGCAGCCCUGCUGUCCCUGGUGGUGGCUGUUCUGGGCAUACCUGCACUGCUGCUGCUCUACCUCGAUGGGAAGAGCCAAGCACCUGAGGACAAUCUACUUGGAUUCACAAAAAGAGAGGCAGUCCUUGCCGAUCGGGUCCGAGAGGUUGAACAACAGAAUCAAAUGUUGCGAAGACAACUCAGCCUAUCACGGCAACAGCUGAUGCAGCUGAUGCAGCGGGAGGCACACAAUGGCUCUGAUGUCAACCUUCUGCCCUGUCCCACUCGAGGUGGUAGUGAGCUGCCCGAGGUGCCCAAGUGUGAGGUGCUCCAGGUGGCCAUUGUAUGUGCUGGGUACAAUGCCUCCCGCUCAGUCAUCACCCUGGUCAAGAGCAUCCUCUUCUACCGCAAGAACCCCCUCCACUUCCACUUCAUCUCGGAUGCCGUGGCACACCUUGUGCUGCAGACACUGUUUAGGAGCUGGAACAUGCCUGCAGUGGAAGUGAGCUUCUACUUAGCUGACAACCUACAAGGAGAAGUGUCAUGGAUUCCAAACAAGCAUUACUCUGGUGUCUAUGGGCUUAUGAAGCUGGUACUGCCCAAGGCUCUUCCAGAUAACCUUGACAAGGUGAUAGUACUGGACACAGACAUCACUUUUGCAUCAGACAUUGCUGAGCUGUGGAGAAUAUUUCACAAGUACACCUCCAAACAGGCAAUUGGUCUUGUCGAGAACCAGAGCGACUGGUAUCUAGGAAAGCUAUGGAAAAACCAUCGACCUUGGCCUGCUCUCGGGCGAGGUUUCAACACAGGUGUAAUUUUGCUGCGACUGCAAAGGCUACGUGAACGCAACUGGAUGCAAAUGUGGAAGCUUAUCGCCGAGAAGGAACUUAUCAGCAUGUGGUUUACUUCAUUGGCUGAUCAGGAUAUCUUCAAUGCUGUGCUAAAGCAGCACACUGAGCUCCUGUUUCGUCUGCCAUGCCAGUGGAAUGUGCAGCUGAGUGACAAUACUCUCAGUGAGCUGUGCUACUCCGAGGUGCAGGAGCUAAAAAUAAUUCACUGGAACUCACCUAAGAAGCUGAAAGUGAAGAACAAGCAUGUCGAGUUCUUCCGCAACCUCUACCUUACCUUCCUCGAAUAUGAUGGCAACCUGCUGCGACGCGAGCUUAUUGGUUGCAACGGCACGACUUCCUCAUCUGCCGGUGUGCAUGCCUCUCACGUGCAGGAUGCUUUGAAUCUGUUGGAUGAGGACGACCCCUGCUAUGACUUUAGGAGAGCAAGGGUUGCCCAGCAUCGCACACACCUCUACUACAUUGAAUAUGACUAUGAGCCUUCUCCAGAGGGCAAUGAUGUCACGUUGGUUGCCCAGUUAUCUAUGGACAGGCUUCAGAUGGUAGAAGCAGUUUGCAAACAUUGGGAAGGGCCAAUAAGUUUGGCAUUGUACAUGUCAGACUCUGAAGUCCAACAAUUCCUGAGCUACACCCUGAGCUCGGAGAUUUUGCAAAGUCGCAAGAAUGUGGGCUACCACAUUGUCUACAAAGAUGGAACUUUCUACCCUGUGAACAUGCUGCGAAAUGUUGCUCUGCAACAAGUGAACACACCAUUUGUGUUCCUUACCGACAUUGAUUUUCUGCCUAUGCAUGGCCUCUACGAGUAUCUGAAGCGGUCUGUGUUUGCUUUGGGUCUUGAGUCUUCACGCAAGGCACUGAUAGUGCCUGCGUUUGAAACACAGAGGUACCGACUGAGUUUUCCAAAAACAAAGGCGGAAUUGCUUUCUAUGUUGGACAUGGGUACUCUGUUUACCUUCAGGUACCAUGUGUGGCAGAAGGGCCACGCACCGACAAACUAUGGGAAGUGGCGGACGGCUACAACACCCUACCUGGUGAACUGGGAGCCCAACUUCGAGCCCUAUGUGGUGGUCAAGAGAGAUGUGCCUGAAUAUGACAAGCGCUUUGUGGGCUUCGGUUGGAACAAGGUUUCCCACAUCAUGGAACUGCACGCCCAGGGCUAUGAGUUUGUGGUGUUGCCCAAUGGAUUCAUGGUGCACAUGCCACAUGCUCCAUCGCUGGACAUUGCCCGCUUCCGGUCAAGCAGCCAGUACCGCAAGUGCCUCUCCCUGCUCAAGAGCGAGUUUGCCAGGGACCUCUCGCUGCGCUAUGGCCGCACUUUUUCGGCCGCACCUGACCGCCGUCGACGCAGGUGAUUGCCCUGUGUUCGCCAUUGCCGCUGUGUCGUGGCCAUGUGCCCCGCCCCGUCGUCUUUCUGACAACCGAUGCACAAGCCAGUGCUGAUUGUCUCUUCAUGGGAGCUGCUGGCCAAGUUUGGUAAGAGCACGCAAGAAUGUUAGAACCACGUGGCUCAUUGCUUGAUGGAUUGUCAACUGUGUGUAUGUUUUUAGUGUGGUGUGCUCCAUUUUGGUUCUUACUGAGGCUGUGUUUUAGGGUCAAAGGUGUACUGCUAUUAUGGCAUUCUGAAACGCAGAGCAUAAAAUAUUUAGCCGGGCCCCCUGGUCUGUAGUUUGACAGACGGGGUAUCAAGGGUAGAGAAAUGUAAUUGUGGUGGCAAGGGAAGGUUAAGCAAGGGAAUUGGCAAAUUCAGACGUAUAGGAUGAAUAUGUCUAAUGGAGGAAAAGGUUCAUUCACUUGCCGAGUAUUGGGAGAGAUCUCUGUCCCACAGAGAUUUGUGGGGAUGACAGUGACCGAUCUAACUGCAUCGUUAACCCAUUUCCAUAUGUAGCCAGCUAGACUAUCUAGGAACUAGCAAAAAUGAACUGCCACCAUUUGGCAAUGGGCUGAUAAUCCAUUUCAUGCUGUCACUUAGGUAUUUCCAUCUGGACUAUGAAGGCUGAAUUGUAACUUUGCUGGCACAUGGCAUCUUGCUCACACUGCAGUAAAGGUUCAAUGAGUUUCAUUUGCAGAAAGGAGUGUUAAACAGCAACAGUACUCAACAGAUUGUCAUGGACUGUGUACACACUCUUGGCAUUGUUAACUAUUAUUGGCCUGCACUCAAAUACCGGAAGGUCUUGAAAUGUCUUGCUUGAAACUUGGGACAUAAUUAAGGUGCAGUCUCUGGCAAAAGAAACGAGGUCACUAGUAGCAUGAGUGUUGCAGUCUUGGCUGUGUCGUAUUAGAUCUUGGAAGUCCCAGAUCUAAAAAAGCUGACGAAGUUGAAAAUGGGGGCUUACCUCCAUGUCCAGAAUAUUCUAUUAAUGCAGGUGCAACAGGAGGUUAACUGGGUGGUCUGAGUCUGCUACAGUCACGUACUCAGUGGCUAAGGUAUGAAACUCCACAUUUCAGCUGUGUUGCUAGGACAAAAGUGGCUGACAUAGCAUAUUAGAGCAGACAUCUAUCAAACUAGUCUACAUGCUUCAGUAUGUCUAUGUUAAUUUGCUGCUCUAGUUCGAUCACCACAAAGAAGCACUGCGUGGCUCUAAACAGGGCAGUCUGCCAAUGCUGAGAGGUUUGUUCAUUUGGUUUGUUCUUGUGUGCUCUUAUUGAACUCGUCAGCUUCUGUGCACGUGCUCUGUCGCCCCAAACUCAUCACAGCAGCUUAUUUAGACAAUGCAGAUUCUGCAGACCGAGUUCAACUUAAAUCCGCACUGUGUGUAGUAACUACAGCAACUUGAAAGUCAAACGUCAUCAUUGCUUUUGUACCUUCUCUUUGCCUAUGUUAGCGUUGUCAUCAUCACUGUAUCAUGCUUGUUUUGAAUAUAAAAGAUACUAACCAAGGUAGCUGAAAGUAAACGAAGUAGUGCCAGCUCAUUCUAGAUACCCUUUCUCUUGGCCAGUGCAAUAAUUUUCUUUCUUUCUUUAAUAAUGUAAAGAUUACCACAUCUGAAGAUGUAAUAAUGGCACUGCCAGACAUUCUUUAGUAGCCUCACCAUCAAGUUUUAAAACUGUGAGGACCGAUUUUAAUGUUGCACACUUUGGAGUUUUCACUUAGUAGGUGCUAUGAAAAGGUGCACCGAAUACACCAGAUAAUACAUGCAAUGCAUGCCUACCUCUACUUGAUGCAAUCUUCCCGUUUAAAUUUAUGUAUUGUCAUGAUUUGCAAGAUACGCAAAAUUUUUUUGUGUACACAGAAACUUGUUAAAGAAUUCACAAGGGCAAGAUGAGGUUCCUUGUGCUACGAAAUAUUAUUUUACCAUCAGAACAUUUUUUUAACUGUUCACGCGAAAUAUGUCAUAAAAUUUUGAGGCAUCCAUAUUGGCUACUUUCAUUCUCAUGCUGGAUGGUGAAUCGUUAUUAUUAGCCUGAAAUUAUCUUAAGCUUAAGCAAGGGGCAAAAAUAUAGAGAAGUUUAAGAAGCACUUACCAUAUUUACUUGAAUCUAACGCACACCUUCUUUCCAAGAAAAUGGGUCCAAAAAUUCCCUACACCUUACAAUCGAGUAUGAAACCAAGACGUUGUUCAUGGCAUUGGUAACAGAUUACCGUCAGAGCUAUAAAACACAGCGUCAUCAUUCGAUGGUGAUGGCAACAGACCCUGUUUUCAUUAAAGUAUUUGUGGGUUCAGUUUGCGCUCAACUACAAUCUGGAGCGGUAUUCUCUGUCGAUCACUUUUGAAGAUACUAUCACUUUCGCUAGAUUUCACGUCACUCGGCACCAGACACAUCGGUGUACAUGGCCACCAGUAUUUCUGGUACCGUGCCGAGCUCACUAUCUGCGCACAGUGCCAGGAACGCUUUCAAUCGCAUGCUUUGACAAGUCCGAUACAGAGUCUCACGAAAGGAUACGAGCAGUAUCUCAUGAAAGUGAUCACUCGUUAAUAUCGCUCCUGUGUGGUUGGCAUCUGUAACCGAUGAAGUACAUAUGGUGACAGCGAUGCGCUGCUUUCCUCACGAAAUGUUUUUUUUUUUUUUUAUUUCGCUCGUGAAGGAAUAUUCUGCAUGUCUAAAUUUUUUUUUUUUUUUUCUGAUUGCGAACGUGGGGGGUAUGCUAUAGUAUACUUCUUUUAUAAAUCAGGAGCAUGUUACCUUGAAGUGCGCUUUUAUUUUCUUACUUAAUCUCACGAGAAUUGGCUGCACAUUAAGAAUCUGGUAAAUACUGUAUUUCUUUUUUCUUUACGACCUUGGGAACGUUUAACUAUUGCUAGUAUUUGAGUAUGACAUGUUGCUGCACACAGUGCUACUCGUUCACAUUAUUUUGGUUUCAAUUACAAAUUCGAGGAAAUGGCAAAAGGUGAGGAGAUCCACCAUAUGUGUAGAAUCACCAUUUUUUUUUUUAUAACAAAUCGCCUUGCACUUCUUAGCAGGGCAAUUUUCUAUCAAAAGUGUCCCCAGUGUACAUUGAUGGUGUGGUUGAUUGACUCCAGUAUACUUUAAUGUGCAUCAAAACCCUAAUCAAUGCACUUGAAUGCUCACUUACAUGCAAGCAUAUAUGCUUUGAGUGCACAUGAAGCUUUGAAGAAUUUGAGCCUGUGGCAUUAACUACCGCUAUCAGGGGAACAGAAAUGCUACUUUUCUUGACAUCAUCAAGCACCACUUACGUCAAGCAUUCCCGUCCGUCCAACAGGCUUUAUGGAGAGUUGCAAGUGAAAUGCUGAAGGGAAGAAGUUCAUUCUGGCAUGUACCUUCAUGAAGAUGGUUGUUAAAAUUAAUUUCAUCCAGAAAAUGCUGUAGUGAUAUUUAAGUAUCACAUGAUAUAGGUACCUAUUGUAUUAUUUAGCUUGCAAUCACAUGGUUGCAUCUGAAACACGUAUACUAGCAUGCUAUAAUUAAUAAAGGGAAAAUCAGACGUCCACCCAUUUGUAGCAAUCGCUACAAAGAAAACCCAUGUGGUUUCCUCGAAAGAAACGCCUCACAAUUGAAGAAAAAUGCUGCAUGCUAUAAGUAACUAAGCCUGAAGAAUCUACAGCACUGUUGACUUUCUUCUAAGAAAUGUCAACAUCAGCAGUUAUGAGGCAGAAAAGUGGGCCGAUCAUGUUCAUUUGCAUGUGCAUUCAUUUUUCAUGCUUUGCUUCACAGCACAAAGUGAAAUUACCACAAAGUGAAAAAAAGAAGGUUUCCCUUGACUUUCAAGAAUACCAGAAAAUUCUCAUCAAGGUCAUGUGGGAAUCUUUGAAGGGACACUAGAAAGAAACACUAAAUCAGUUUUGACUAAUAAAGUGUUUUUUCAAACUCCAUUUUCAUCAGUUUUGUGGUAACAAGUGAAUUAGCAAAAGAGACAAUGAAGGUCAGAGGUAAAUUUUUAAAGUUUAGCUCUUAAACCCUUGCACUUGUACAAUGUGACAUCAUGAAUUUCAAUAUAUUUUCUUGUAUUUGGGCAGUUAUGGUGCAGUAAAAGUUCUUGAAGCUCGCCGAGUUCAAUUGAUUUGGUUCCUAUAGAAUAAAGUGUAGUCCCUUUUUAUUGAAAACAUAUUUACUAAUCCAAAGCAGAUGCCAUCAAAAUUCAUGAUGUCACGGCAAGCUGGUGUGGGAACUUUAAGGCGUCAUUGACAACCAUCUUUAAUUUUUGUCUCUAAGAAGGUGAUUUAAGUUUACCAAUACAGCUCAAAUUAUAUUCUCCCUUUAGUGCCCCUUUAAGUGUAUCCAGGAUUUGAGGGUGCAUAAUUGCUGUUUGCCGUAGUUAAGGCAGUCAUAGUCUCAGAAAACUUGUUUCUUUUUCUUUUUUCUUAAAUCUUAUUGCAUUUUGUCAAUUCAUACAGACCAGACAGCUGCAGCUUAUCUUUGUGCUUUUGCCGAGCAUUGCCCUAUUUAAAGAAGACCUUGUUACCUUGCAUGAGCACGGUUUCCCAUAGAGAAAGUCAGUCUUAGAAGUACAGCUGAAAAUUUCUUACCUUGAAUAAUAGUAGUACAUUACUUUGAUAGUGCUCCUGAAAACCAGUCUGGUAUGAAAUUAAUAAGCAUUUUUACUCCAUCUUGAAUGGUGAAUGUGUUGGCUGUCAGUUGUCAUGAAUGUCAGUGAAACGUGAACAGGUGAAACCUAAAACUUGCAAAUACGUGGGCUUUCAUGGUUGUUUACACAGUGCUAAGUGUUGGCUACUACAGUAGUUGCAUGAAAUGAACUUUCCAAUUAUUUUGAUGAUUUAAUUCACUUUUGUUUUCGUGGACCAUUUUUUUUUAUGCUUCGGCAUGCGCUUAUUGAGUUCGAGCGAUCGCAACAUUUUUGUCGCAUUUAAAUUUUCCAGCAACACCAUACAUUGCAAGAUCAGUGCAUGCCACUUGUUGUUCUCUUCUUUCUUUUUUUUUUUCGUUGUUGUUGGGGACAUACAAUUAGCCAUGCUUCUAUUUGCAUAGGCAUACCUUUCCCCCCAUCACACAAAAUCACCCUCACUGAUGAUGUCUUAAUACUUGCAUAUUUUAUUUCACCCCCGAUCUUGGCUUUCUAAACCUUACCUGCACUGACUUGUCUAAAAAAGGAAAGAUACAUAAAGAGCUCUUAUAUUGAUCGAGGAGCACAGUGCCUUGAACCUGCCGAUAUUUUUCUUUCUUUUAAAGUAUUGGCACUGCUUGUCCUUUGUUAGGAGCUUUCUGAAAGUGACUCUUCCUGUAUGCACUACUAGUCCACAGGCUACACUGUUUGACUAGAACAAAGGAACUUAUUUGUUUACAUCAGUCUGUCAGUGUCGUUAUCUGCCCUCACCGCAGUGUCAUGUAUUGGGCAUCCUUAUUGUGAUUAUUGAUAAGGGAUGUGUAUCUGAUACAAAUCUUUGUUCCUGCUAUUUUUGUUAACAUACAUUGUAUCUGGGCAUAAUGUUAUUAUGCUUCUAUGUAUGUGUGUGUGCUUCUUUUUUUUUUUUAAAUCUUUGUCAGUAGCUCACAAUAGUUCCUAUGAGUUUAGUCUCCACCUCUGUGUGCUCGAAGUAGUGCAUGUUCCAAACAAUGAAUGUGCUCUGAAACUGAGGUGCACAUUUUGAGUAAGUGGUUUAGCACACUUGAGUUUGUUUCAAGGCUUCUCACCUUUGAAUGAAAAAAUGUGAGAGGGUGUGAAGUUGAUAAUAGUAUAUGAAUUAUACUUUUGCAUGAAGCUCACACUUGUUUUUUACAGCACUGCUUGAGUGGUUCAUCUCGCAACAAAAUGUCAUGGGGCCUUUCUUUUUGUUCAAUGUUGAAAAUGUCCUUUUUUUUUUACGUUUGCAUCUGUGCCAUCGCAACUUGUUACAAGGCAGCUGUUGAUGCUCCAUGUAAGACUCCCAUCCACAAGGUAUUAUUUUUAAGUUGGUGAUUACCGAGUGACAGGCUCAACGUUAAUGUAAGGCUACUGAGCACGCAACUUUUGAGCCUACGCCUAAAUGCACUCGGAUGGUACAGAGGAUGAGAAGAAAGUUUAUUUGAUAACAUAGCUGGGAUUUGUCAACAAAGUCUCCUAAAUUCUGGCCGUUUCUUGUUUUCUAGAAUUGGAAAAUGGCACUCAUUGUUUGUGAACAUUAUAGCCAUCACUCUGUGGCAGUAUUGUAAACAUCUUGAGUUGCAUCUAACAUCCCUGCCAUGUAGUGUUUCAAUCUUCAUUUUUCAAUUCCUCUUGCAUCGAACGUUCGAGUGCAGUCAGAGGAGGCGGAAUGAUCAAAUGGACUAGCUUUGAAGUCACCCAUGCUUGAACAAUAUGUGAAUCAGUGCUCAGACUCCGUUGAGUUCGACCUGCAUUGACUCAAGCACACUCGGAUGUGCCAUGUGACAGGAGUAUUAGACAAGCAUUUCAUAUGUAUUAGCUUCUAAAAUUGCUCAAAUCAAGCAGCAAAUUAAGUUAAGUUUGCACUCAAGUUAUCAUUUGAAAGCAAAUAUUUUAGUACCAUAAUUACAGUGCAAUCACAUCAAUAUAGGUAAAAUGUAAAUAAAAAAUAACUAUAAGCAAAUACAUAUACCGUAUAGACUCAUGUAAGGGCCACACCCAUGUAAUGGCCACACCCCCCACUUUGCAGUCCAAAAUUAAACAAAAAAAUAUUCCUACGGAGAAGCAAUCACGUUCAGUGCCCCGAUGCCACGCGCGCACAUUGACCUCUGAUCAUGAGUGUGCACAAGUCAAGGCCACGCUGGCAACAUUUUGACCAAAAGAUUCAGUCCCAUGUAAGGGCCACACCUUGUCAAAAUUUAGAAAAAAAAUGCGGCCCUUACACAAGUCUCUACGGCAAACAUAUAUCGUGAAGAACUUAUGAUCAAGGUUAUAAUUCAAACGGGUAAUUUGCUAUGUUAUCUUGAGGAAGUUGUAAACUUGGAAAAUCAUGCGAGGCAGAAACAUCAGUGAGGCUGUGCCAUACAUCUGGUUGCAGAUUACAAUUUUAAUUAUGCUUAUUAAAUGCACCAACCAUUGAUGCACAAAUGGCAGCUGUUUGUUGAUUGAGAGUGUGGCCAUGCAGUUCUUUAUGUGGAAUGUAAGGGUAAAUGCAAUUGACACAUGGAGUGAACUCAAACAGAAAUUCACAGAAUAUGAAUUUGCUUAGUCUGACAGUGUCAUUUAAUUGUACCGGUGCAGUGGAUCAGAUGCAAAAAAAAGAGGGAGAUCUUGCCUUUGAUUUUCUCCACUUAUGGCCAACCCUUUUCUGCCAAAUAAGUCCACAUGGAGUCUCGAAAAGAUGUUUCACAGGGCUAAACCAGCUUAUCAUUGCUUUUUAACAUCUCUAUUAUAUUACCAAUUUGGGAGACUUGCACUUGGUGCAGCCCAAUUUCUUUUUAAAUUUAAAAAAGAUGGGGUGAUGAAAUUGGGAAAUUCACAGACGCUAUUUCGAAUUGGUCGGCGUAGGACAGUGGUAAUUGGAGAUUGCAGGGAGAGGCCUUCAUCUUGCGGUGGACAUAAAAUAGGCUGAUGAUGAUGAAUUUAAAAAUAAAAGACAUUCUUGUGUUCUAUGGCUACUGAAUUAAAACUGACGAUCAGGUUUUGCCAGCUUCCUUAAUAUACACGAAAAUAAAUGAAUGAAUCACCAGCAUCAGAUAAACAUAAACAGCUUUUCAUGACUGCUUAUUUCGCUGGACAUGUGAUUGGGUAAAAUAAAAGCAGCUGUAGAUAUGUCUGUGAUGCAAUGCAGAAACUCUGCACGUCUUCACAGCGUGUAUUUUCCUGACCCACUGUUGUCCGCACAGAUUUUGUUUUUUGUGCCAAAAUGCGUGGUCUGUGGGUGUUGCAAGUGCUAGCAUCUAUCUGCCAGGACAGCCACACCUAUUUUCGUUCCAGAAAAUAUUAAGUCCUAAAUAGCUCUGUAGACUAGCUUGGUCAAUCGUUCUGCAGUAUUGAAUGUGUACAGUUCAUGGCUAUCGUUAGAAGUGCCACUCUUCGCACUUUUGUGAGUAAGCCGGAUAUCUGCACAGGCUCGAAUGGCUGCCGACGGGACAAAACAAUGCAGCGCUUGACUUGCUGUUUCUGUGUUUGUUCUCAGCUACCUUGCAGUAAAAGCAUUACUUAUGCAGGCUAACGACAGCAACAUUUCCUUGUGUGGAAAGGGUUGUACGGGUGCCAAAGUGAGCAUUUUGCCACUUAGAUUUGCAUUGUCUAUUACUGUAGAAGAAUUCGUGUCAACUGCUUUUUGUGUAGUAUGCCACGAUAAUGUCUCAUGGUCAGGAGAGUGCUCUAGCUGUAUAGAAUUCUCACUGCUUGUAAAUACAAUGCAUUACCAUCAUUUUUAUUUGAAAGACUUGCUCUGAGCACAAUGCUGCUAAUGGGACAGGACAGCCAGUGAGCUAUAGCGGGUGUUUCUGCGGACAAAUCACUUUCUUUCAGAAGUCAAUUACGCAUCUUUUUGUUGAAGGUAUUCCUUCUCAGAACAGUGUCCACUCAGUGUUUGUUAAGUGCAUCUCCUGUUCUAUUCAAGUGUAGGAACGCUUGGUUAGGCUGCUUGUUGUUACCGGUGCUUGAUGUACACAUAGAACAUUAAUAUGCUUAGCCAAAUUUGUGCGAAAAUAAUUAUACUGUUUUAAGUUUUUUAUGUUUGUAACUUUCUUACUUGUUCUUUUGUGCCAAUAAGAUUGGCGAGGAGAUGUUUUGCUUAAUUAUGUAGCAUCAUCGUAGCUCUUUUGGUUGUUGUCUCUGUAUACAUUUGUGGCACUGAGUGCAUUUUUGCAUGUUUAACAACAUGUUUCAUCUGCACUCUUAUUUAUUUCAAACCAGAGUAUACUGUAUACAUGCUGCUUUCUUUUUGUUGAUGUGAUCUAUGACCUUCUACUUUUGUUAUUCUCUUCACCCUUUUUCAUAUUUUUUCUCUCUCUAUCAUGUCAUUGGUUAAGCGAUCAGUAUUUUAUGUACUUAUGCCAUUCUGACUACUUUUCAUUCAGUACCAUUCUUUCUGUGAACAUUGAUUGCCCUAUGCCUGUGCACAUACUUUCAUUCAUAUUCCAUUCAUUUUUCCGGCACUGUACAUCCCGUUUUGCAUCAGGUUCCAUUACUUGCGUGCAGUGCAAAACAUUGCCAUGUAUAAUGUGAGACUGCACGUUCGUUUUGUUUUGCUCAAAGUUUAUUUUGACUGAAACAUACAGUCUGUCUGGCACAGUGCUAUGCAUUUUGGUUUUGCUAUGCAGCGCACAUUUUUAUUUUUCAGCUCUCUGUUGUGACAUGUUUUUGCAUUUGUUGCGUACUAUCAGUAACAGUCAAUUUCCCAGUUGAUUAUUUUUUCUGCCACUUUUGCCACAGGCUUACGUGCACGUUUGGCAGUCAUCUUUAGGUAGUAGUUAUGCCUGUUGGACAUGGAUUCCCAUGUCACACUUCUUACGUCAGGUACACGGUUAAUUAUUUCAGUGGUUACUGUGAAUAUAUAUAUGCCCAUCUCAAACAGGGCAUACCGAACUGCUUAGAAUAAAGGAUGCCAGCGUGUGCAUGGAUGUGGGAAUUACUAAAUCAACACCUCAAGCUUUCAAGAUUUAUGUUUUGUGUAAUGCAGUUUUCUUGGUAAAAAUUCAAAACUCUAAGAGAAACUUGCAUAGCUAUUAACAGCAGUUGCAGGUACCAUCAUUAUGUAGAGCUGUUGGAUAACGUUGUGCUUAUUCUAAGUGACCAUUUUUUUUAGGUGUACUGUAUGGUCUUUUUCCAGGCUACCACACCUUUUCCACAUUCCAUUAAUGGAAAAAAAAAGAAAGUUAUGACAAUAAUGUCUGUGGACAUGAGAAGUAAGGCAUAGUUAAACUAUAAGCGUAACAAGGUUUACAUGAGCUUGUGCUGUGGUAUGACAAUUUCCUGCUUACUUAGAAAUGCAGCUGCACUUAUAAACAGCUUGAUUGUGUACUGCCUCCAAGUUCUUUUUUUUUUUUUUUCUUUCCUUGUUCUAGUCCGCCAACAAUGCUCUGUGGCUUUGCCAACACAAUGCUCUGUCGCUGGGCCUCGUUAUUCGCAUGUUCCUGUGUUUUGCUCUUAAUCCUUCUGGCUUUUUUGUGAUUGCCAGCAACAGCGCAUGGACUUUUUCAUGUUCAUAAUUCUGUUGCAUAUAUUGCUAGUGAUUGUAUAGCUGUUGAUAUAAGUGGUAGGCACAAGGUGCUUUCUUAUACAGAAAAAAAUAAAAUAAAUGUUAUAUGAUUGAAACAAACAA